GCCUCUCUCUAGAGGAGGAGGAAGAGGAGGAGGAGGAGGUGAUGAGCGAAGUACACGUGGGCUGCCCUCCUAAUUUCUCUGGUCCCUAUAUCUCUCACUUCACCUUCCCUUCUCCAUUAUCGUCACCGGGUAAACCUCGAUCGCUAACCCUUUCUGUUAUUUUUUUUUGCCCCCCACCUCCUUUUAUGGGCUUUACACAUUUUCCUGUGGAUUGAGUCCUGUGACAUUCUAAGCCUGGAAUUGAACGACGCUGCCAUGAUUAACAGCCAUUUUGAGAAAUGGGUUUUGCGAAAGAUCAGAUUUUGACGCCUCAUUUGUCUUCUCUAAGGGUAUAAUUUAGUAAAUAGUUGCCACGAGGUUCUCUGGGGCAAUCUCUGUUUGCAUUCAAAAUUAGAUCGGCAGAGGGUUGAAGAUUACUCUACUACAAUUUUCUCAAAAUUUUCAAUUAAUUAUAGAAGAGAAAGUUAAAUGGACGGGAAAAACAGUGUUCUCAAUUAUUUCAAUCUGUUUGAAGGCUUGGAGGAAUCGUAAGAACCAUAUCAUCAUGUAAAAGAUCCUUCUUUGAUACAAUGUAGGGAAUCGUAUUUUUAGGUGCUGCACAUCCAGAGAGUAGCUGAUUAGUUCGAGAUACUCAGGUUGUGUGCAAAAUGCAUACAUUUCUAUUGAUAUCUUUUCUAGCGAGCUAUAGGUAAUGGGAAAUAGUAAAUGUAAUAGCUUUUCUUUUUACGUCUCUAGUACUUAAGCGACAAAAAGGUGCGGCCGUGUGAAACGCCAAAUACUCCAUCUUGUCAUUCUAUAAUAGUACCAAAGUAGUGCCAAAGGUAUACAGGAUUGGGGACAUAGUGAUCAACUACAAGAAGGGGAACCUUCGACUGUAAUGCUUAGACUAGAUGAUGAUGGUGAUCUUGCUCUAGCUCGGCGAGGUGUUAAAUCCUUGGUACAGAGUCGAGCCCAAUGCAUUGAGGAUCUACAUCCUCAUGUCAAAGAUACUUCAAGCGAAAAUCUUACUUUUGAUGAAGAUGGCGAUCUUGUUCUAACUAGGCAAAGCAGUAAUUAUGAAAGAUAUCCAAUUUGUGCAGUAGCUAUCCAACACAGCAUCACAUCUUCACUUCCCAGUGUUGGACUGCAAGUAUGGAUGGCAGCGUUGGUGUUAACUGAUUUUGUAUUGCACAAAAUUUCUACUUCCUCCGACUUUAAUGGCACCACUGCCCUAGAAUUGGGUGCAGGAACAGGUUUAGUUGGUCUGGUACUUGCAUUGGUUGCUCGAACAAUCUUCAUAACAGGCUUUACAUUAUGGCAAUCCACAGAUAGAGGUUCUGAUGUCCUCGAGAACUGCACAACUAAUAUUCGUUUAAAUUCUAGCGUGCUUAAAUAUCCCGAGACUAGUGUUUGUGUAAGGGAGCUUGAUUGGAGGGAGCAAUGGCCUCCUCGUGUCCAAACACGUGACUCUGAAUCUCAGAGAUUACAGUACUCAUGGACGCCAUCAGAGAUCGAAGAAGCUGAGGGAGCAUCAUUUCUUUUUGCCGCUGAUGUAAUUUAUAAUGACGAGCUUACUGAUUCUUUUUUUAGCAUCCUUGAGAAACUAAUGUCACGAGGUUCAGAAAAGGUGCUAUAUUUGGCCUUGGAGAAAAGAUACAAUUUCAGCAUGGAUGACCUCGAUGUGGUUGCUAAUGGUUAUGCUCAUUUUCAAAGUUUUUUGAAGGACGAGGAGGAAUGCAUAAGGCUUGAUGAUAAUUUGCUUCCAUGCUUCAAGGGUGAGCGGCUGGAUAUUUCUCACAUCCCGCAAUACAUAAGAGAAUAUGAAAGGGGGAAGGAUGUUGAAUUGUGGAAGAUUACAUAUUUUUCGAAUAAACCAAGGGAAUAAAGUUUCUUGAAGAGUUGCUUCUUCCUAGAGAUCAGUGUUCAUGAAAGCUUUGUAAUUUUUAGAGUACAUGCUGACUAAUCGUGCUGUGAAAGAAGAGAAGUUUUAUCUCAUUGGAAUAUUCAAAAUGUAUGUUUGAUUUAUUAUGAAAGGUACUUGUGACUUUCAUAACUUUUGUAGAGUCCAAAUUUUAGGGAAUAGGGUCAACAGGAUAAUUAUAUCUAUGUUCAUGGUAUAUAACAAAUAUUAAAGGGGUGAGGAGAGCUCUUUUCUACAA